AUGUCGUCCGCAGCCCUACAAUCUGGCCCCCAGCAACCAAUCAUCCUGCCUUCGCCUGCGGUGUCUUCUUCCAACCGUCAGUACGGCCCAUCACACUCUUCCCCCGGCCGGGAGCCGUACGAUGCUCAUCGAACCGUAGCCUCAUCACCUUCCUCUAGGCGUCCCUCUUCCCGCAAGACGAGUGGCGGCGGUGCCGGCGACUCUCUUCUUCCCGUUGACCAAACCGUGCCAAGAUCGAGCCGACUUAAUACUUCUGCGCCAUUACAGGAGCAGUGUUCCUCCCGAGCUGAACAUCUGGCCAAUAUGCCCCCAGUUGCUCCCCCUCGGACAACUUCGUUCACGCAGCAACCUCCCCGAGACCAGCCUCGCUGUUCCAGCAACGCAGAGGAGAGAGCCGUGGAGAUGGCAAUACCCAUUCGCGGCAACCCGGCAUCAAGUUCGAACCCCAUUCACGACCCUAAUCAUCACUCGAUCCGUGUGAUUCCCAACACCGAGGAGUCCAACGGCCAAGCAGACCACCACGCCUUGUCCCAAGAUGAUCAAGAUGCCGCACAGCCACCUGCUGUGUCCAUGAAUACUUCGGCCGAAGAGCGACGUGGCGGCCGCAGCCGGCACGACCAUAGUCGGAGCCACAAAGGAACUACCAAAUUCGGAGACUUCAUUUUAGGAAACACAAUUGGCGAGGGUGAAUUCGGUAAGGUGAAGCUGGGCUGGAAGCAAGACAGCAGCGUACAGGUUGCCAUCAAAUUAAUAAAGAGAGACACUGUUGGUGGAAACCCUUCACGACUGGGCAAAAUCCGGCGAGAAGUCACAAUCCUGCGAGGUGUGCGACAUCCGAAUAUCGUACGAUUAAUAGACAUGAUAGAGACCGAUAGAUACAUUGGAAUCAUCCUCGAGUAUGCUUCCGGCGGUGAACUUUUUGAUUACAUUUUGAAUCACCGAUAUCUGAAAGACCACUCAGCGCGCCGCUUAUUCUCUCAACUAGUGUCUGGAGUAGGCUAUCUGCACAAGAAGGGCAUCGUUCACAGAGAUUUGAAGUUGGAGAACCUGUUGUUGGACCGCAACCGAAACAUUAUCAUUACCGAUUUUGGCUUUGCCAACACUUUCGAUCCCAACGAAGAGCUCACAGAGGAAGAAGAAGUCAAGCUGGGAGACAGGGAUCACGUGAAAAGAAUGGGUUUGGAUAAAGUCAAACCCAACGGGAUGAGAAUAGGUGAUCUCAUGCAGACGAGUUGUGGAAGCCCCUGCUACGCCGCGCCCGAGCUCGUAGUCAGCGACUCUCUGUACACUGGCCGCAAAGUUGACGUGUGGAGUUGCGGUGUCAUUUUGUACGCCAUGUUGGCAGGCUAUUUACCCUUUGAUGACGACCCCGCGAAUCCCGAGGGCGACAACAUCAACCUGCUGUACAAAUAUAUUGUUUCUACCCCUCUCACAUUCCCCGAAUAUGUCACACCACACGCACGAGAUCUACUGCGUCGCAUCCUGGUCCCCAAUCCCCGAAAGCGAGCCGAUUUAUUCGAGGUGGCUCGUCAUAGCUGGCUGAGCGAAUAUGCCCAUGUUGUCGAGUUCAUUACCAGCUCCACCACACUGCCCUCUGACAUUCAGAACGCGACCACGUCUGCCCAGGAAUUUGCCGACGCUCCGAUGGUGACCAGGAGCGCCUCUGUACGCGAAGCACCGAAACACAAGCCUCCUUCUCAGGCUGGUGUUGGUGGGCUUGCCAAGGCACACGCAAAGAUUGACCAAGAAGCGGAAUCGGCCUACCGCACACCCAAGGAUACCAAGCGCCGAACCGUUCAGGUCGAAUACGUGGCCCCAACGACGCAAACACAACGUGGGAGAGAUCCUGUAGUCUCGCGGCCGCCAGUAUCGCUCAACCGGGACUACGAAGGCGUCCGCCCAAGUUCUUCCAGAGACAAAACUCUGCUCCGGGAUUCUCUGGACGUACAUGGCAGGUCAUCACAAUCUAGGCGACCACCAAGUGCUCAUGCCACGACUUCAGCCCGUCCACGUGAGGUUCGUGCCGCGACGGAUAACGCCUACAUGCCUGGCGCUUCAGCUGUGGCCAGACCUCAGACGGGAGGUUCUAUGCAAUCGGCUGCGUCUAUGAGUUUGCAAGCACGAGGAAACUACGGACAGCCUGCCCCACCAGCUGUAGCAGACACCAAUGUUCAAGGUCGUAUCCAGCAACCUUCGAACCCCGACGAGGACGACGCCAUGGGCCGAACAAGCAUGAGUGUGCCACCCAAGUUUGCUAGAAUGUCUGGCUUCCACGAGGUACGAAGCAGUGAAAGCAGAGGCCAUAAGAGAUCAAGCACGAUAGGAGAAAUUGGUUCAAAGCUCCUAGGUCGUAGUACAUCUGUAUUCGGCGGCCGAAACAGGAAGAAGCCAGAACAGCAGCAACCCGAAAAGUCUAAAAAAUACCCACCUGUGAGCAUGACGAAUGUUUUGGUGCAAGGAGAGGAGCAAACGGGCAGGCCGUCGAUAGAUUCCAAGAUGUCUCGUCGGUCGUUCUCCUUGGGUCUGGGUAAGAAGAGGAGCGGUAGCAUCGCAGGGUCCCAGGGCUCUGGUGACAAGAAGGAGAGACGGCGGUUCUCUCUACUACCGGCAUCUUUCUCAUUGAAAUCUGUUGGCUUAGGCAAGGACUAUUCAGAGCCGGCCUCAUCGGAGGUUGGAUCUUAUACGGAUUUGCCGCUUCAGUCAGGCCGACUGGAUCCUCCAAGAAGCGUGACCGCCCCAGGAGAUGCAAGAGGAAGUGCACCCUUCUUCGAUAAUGUGCAAGAGACGGACAGGUCUAGUCCUGUCCAUCAUCAACGAUACGCCUCGACCCAACUGGACAAUCGUCGAUCCAACGCAAUUCCUCAACACAUGCAGUCCGGCUCCCACUUUACCAGCGGAUCUGAAACGUCGGUAGAGAUCCGUCGCCCACCUACGGAGCCGCAGAUGAGAUCCCAGAAUCACGGCUUCCCCGACGCAGAGGGUUACGACAAUAAGCGAGCCACCAGCAGCCGGGGCCAGCGAGGCGUCCUGCAAAAGAAUCACAAACGAUUCACAGACGCCUACGACCAAGACGAUUUCAGGGGACAUGAGGGAAGCAGUGGUGCCGCGAAGCGAGUCAUGGACUUCUUUAGAAGACGAGGCAGGGCUCGAGGUGGCGAUGAGAGGUGA